CAACCACCCAUGAUCUUCUAGUACCAGCGGGCAUACCGUUGCUCAUCCUUCCUUUCAUUCUUCUUCUCACUCUCCUUUCCUAUGUAUUCUUCAAUCCAGCGUGGCGUUUUGAGGGCUUCAAGGGCAUGCAUCAACAAACAAUGCGCUUUUCGAAUCCAGAAAGCACCGAAUAUUCCGGCGCUGAGACGACCUUGGCGAAACCACCUUGGGCGAGAUAGCAAGCAAAUUCGUACUUUAUUCACAAGAUCGAAGAGGGAAGCCGAACCCAAAAAAUCCUCGUUCUUCAACCCGACCUUAAUCGGCGCAACCUCCGCUAUAAUCGUCGGCGGCCUCUUCUUUAUCCUGUCUGAAAGCGUUUCCGCGCAGCAACUACCUACGAAACCGCAGGCCGGAACCGGAGUGGAAAGGCAGAACAGAGUCCUUGAGGAGAAGGGGGCGGUUGACGGAGAGAAUACGGCGGCGGUCUCUGGGUCGCCUUCACCGCAAGAUGAAAAAACGUCUGAUGCUCCCGCGGACGAUUCGUCAUGGGGAGUCUUCACCACCAGAUUCGCGGUAUUCUCUUCGGUCACGAAUAUCAAAUGGGGUUCAGUGGCUGAUUCGAUAACGGAUUUCAUAAUGCCCGAAUGGGCAAAGUUAUUGCCAGGAUAUAUCAGCAAGUUACAGAGGGAGUUAUCCAUGGCCCCCGGUUCCUUGGCGGAUGAGAUAUGGCAAGAGGCGCAUGAUCCGUACGUUAAUCCCGAGAUCCAGUACUCGGCCGAGGUCAGAGUGUCUGCGGAUCUCUGUGACGAGGAGAAGAAGUUUCUGGAGAGGAGGAGAGAGGUCACACGGAUUGCCCUGGCCAAAUACCUCGGGUUACCAGAGGAAGAGGUUCAUCCGGAUGACGUUCCACGAAUUGCCAUGGUAGGAUCAGGUGGUGGUUUACGAGCAUUGGUCGCUGGUACUGGAUCGAUGCUUGCAGCAACCGAGGAUGGUCUCUUUGACUGUGUUACCUACACAGCUGGAGUCAGCGGUAGUUGUUGGCUGCAAGCUCUAUACAAUUCUUCAAUUGGUGAAAGACGAUUCGACAAGAUGGUCCACCACUUAAAAUCUCGACUUGGGAUCCAUAUCGCAUACCCCCCUGUUGCACUUGAAGCUCUCAACACAGCCCCGACGAACAAGUUCCUCCUUCGUGGCUUUGUUGAGAAGUUGAGGGGUGAUUGCAAUGCUGACUUUGGGUUUGUUGACAUCUACGGGUUAAUAUUGGCUGCAAGAUUACUCGUACCAAAGACGGGGCUUGGUGUUGAUGACAGAGAUCUGAAGAUCUCCAACCAGCGGAAUUAUCUCAAGAAUGGCGAACACCCAAUGCCCAUAUACACUGCUGUUCGACACGAGAUACCCAUAGAGGAAGAGGAAUCAGAAGUAGAGAAAGCCUACGACUCCCCAACAGAGGAGACCAAGGAGAGGGCAAAGAAAGAGGCUUGGUUUCAAUGGUUCGAAAUUACUCCGUAUGAGAUGUUUUGCGAGGAGUUCGCUGCUGGGAUACCUACCUGGUCGAUAGGCCGAAAAUUUGAGAACGGAAAAGAUCUUCCCUCGAACGAGAGCGGCCUGCGUGUACCAGAGCUUCGUCUACCACUGUUACUUGGCGUCUUCGGAAGUGCGUUUUGCGCAACAUUGAGCCAUUACUACAAGGAGAUCCGGCCAAUCGUCAAAGGCAUCACGGGAUUUACAGGCAUCGACGGCAUGAUCGAAGGGAGGAAUGAGGAUCUGAGCAAAGUCCAUCCCAUAGAGCCAGCCUCGAUUCCUAAUUUUGCGUACAAAAUGGAAGGCAGGCUGCCGAAAACUACACCUGAAAGCAUCUACAAGGCUACGCACUUGCAGCUCAUGGAUGCCGGCAUGUCGAACAAUCUCCCUAUCUAUCCUCUCCUUCGACCUGGACGAGACGUCGAUAUCCUGAUCGCAUUCGAUGCUUCAGCCGAUAUCCGGACCGACAAUUGGCUCUCGGUCGUCGAUGGAUACGCACGUCAACGGGGCAUAAAAGGAUGGCCUCUGGGUGCCGGGUGGCCUAAACAAAGCGAUACGGCUGAGAAGACCGCUGGACAGCUCCAAGAAGCGCAAGCUGCAACUGUUGCAGAAGCAGCUUCCAAGGUGGAAGAAGCCAAGGCGGAGCAAAAGCAGCAUCUCAAAGAUGUCGCAACGGUACCGGAGAAAGCAGCGAACAGCAUGGACAGCGAGGAUUCAGGGGACCUUGGAUACUGCACGGUCUGGGUCGGGACAACCGAGGAGCGCACUGAUCCUUCCGACGAGGUGCGAUCCAAAGCCGUCAAUGAGGAUUGGCAGUUGAUGAAGCCGGAUGCUGGGAUUGCAGUUGUCUACUUCCCAUUCCUCAGCAACCCCAAAGUCGAAGGCGUCGAUCCGAUCACGAGUGACUACAUGAGCACCUGGAACUUUGUGUACACGCCGGAGAACGUGGACCACGUGAUUGCUCUUGCGCGGGCGAAUUUCGAGGAGGGGCGGGAGAGGACGCGGCGGUGCGUGCGGGCUGUCUACGAACGCAAGAAGAGGAGGAGAGAGGAGAGAGAGGCAGCGGAGCGGGAGGCUCGUUUCCGGCGCAAGAUGCGACUGGGGAUUGUGGGGAAGAAAGGGGAGGGGGACCACUUCCACCUGACUUGAGAUGGGCCAGAAGGGGAAGGGAUUUCAAGUGAAAUAGGGGGUGGAAUCACGCCAGUCGUAUCAUGGUAUGUGAGUUCGAAAGCGUAGGUCUUUGAUGAGAUGGUCGUGAUCGACCCUCAACAGAAAGCCGCAGUAGCAAGAACAGAGCCAAGAUGAGUUAGUGGUACAUGUACCCGGUCGGCCGCGUGGAAGGGUCAAAGGGUCUACGAUUCUACCGGGAUAUGCGGUACGCAGCUGUACGCAGCUGUACCCAGGGACAACGUUGGGAAGAUCUUUCUUGGCAGGGGUAGGAUGCGCUGUGGUCUUUGCAGUUCCGUACACGGUACAGUAUACAUAUACAAAUAUACAAAUAUACAAAUCGUA